AUGGCUUCCAGCAACGUUCCCGCUAUCUCCAUUCCCAAUAUAUCUCACCUUGUCUCUCACAGCCAGGUCAAACCCUUCUUACUAGGCCAAAAUCUUUGGCGCUUUGUUGAUGGCUCUCAUCCUUGCCCUUCCCCUACGCUUCCUCCUUCUGAUAAGUCUGAAUCCUCGACUCCGCCGUCAGCCAAUCCUAACUAUGUCUCUUGGUUUCAAACUAACCAAAGUCUGAUUAGUAUUCUUCGUGCUACGUUGUCUGAGAGUGUUCUUUCCCAAGUUAUUAGGUUCCCUACCUCGAAAGAAAUUUGGGAUUGUCUCCAACAAAAUUUCUCGCAGCAGUCCCUUGCCAAUUCUGCCCAGCUCAAAUUUCGCCUCUUCUCUAUUACCAAAGGUUCCAAAUCCAUCUCUGAAUACCUUGCUCAAGCCAAGAGUUUGGCUGAUGAACUCUCUGCGAUCCAGGAACCUGUCCAACUUCGACCUGGUUACUUAUGUGCUUCGUGGUCUGGGUCUUGA